GGGACGUCUUUACACAGAUGUUUCCGGUAGUGUUUCUAUGCGAAGAGGAAAAAAAUAAACAAAAUUUCGACAACACACGAUCACCAAAAGUCUGGAUUGGAAGCCUGCCAUUUUCCUGUAAAUAUUUGGAUGAACCCAACCACUUGACCUCUGUCAUCUCCCGACUGUAACUAGAUGUUCUGCAAACAUGACGACCGAGACUUCCGUCAAAGACAUCAAACCAGGACUAAAAAACCUGAACGUGAUAUUUAUUGUAUUGGAAACGGGUCGUGUCACCAAAACCAAGGACGGUCAUGAGGUCCGCACCUGUAAGGUGGCCGACAAGACCGGUAGCAUCAGCAUCUCUGUGUGGGACGAGGUGGGAGGACUCAUCCAGACGGGGGACAUCAUCAGGCUUACUAAAGGUUAUGCUUCGAUCUUCAAAGGCUGUCUAACACUUUACACUGGGCGAGGAGGGGAGCUGACGAAGAUUGGAGAGUUCUGUAUGGUUUACUCAGAGGUGCCAAACUUCAGUGAGCCCAACCCAGAGUACCUUUCCCAGGGUAACAACAAAACGAACACAAAGGACAAUGGGAACAACAACAGUGGAACAUCUCCGGCAUCCAGUGGAAGUGAGACGGCCAAUGGAAAUGGACUAGCGCCUCAAACGGUUGGAAGCUCCUCCAAUAACCAGUCAGGAGCCAGUGCGGCGGGAACCAAUGGCAGCAAAGUAGCUAGUAGCACUGGGGGCAACUCCAUCAGCAAUGGGAAAGAGACCAGACGCGCAGGCAAGAGGUGACCGUCUCACCGUCUCACGAAAGACAAGAUUUGGAAACAUGGCCAUUUCUACAGGUUUCAUCACCCACUUUCCCCAUGGUUUCGUCUGUGUCAAUGUGCACUAAACAGGAAUAUGCACGUACAUUGGGGGACUAAGCAUAGAGGCAGAUAGCUGUGAGGCAGCCUCUGAAAAUCACUGUAAAAUGUGCUUGUUUUUAUUUGAUUCCCUGUAGUGGUUGUGGAUCUUUGUUCCUUGGUUCGAUCAUGUGUUUUUAUCAUGCAACGCAUUACAUGAGUCACAAUUUUAUAGACAAAACUUAUUCUAAAGUUAAAACUGAAAAACAAUUAGGUCAAUGUUUUCUUACUGGAGUGAGGUUUUUAGACUUAACUUGUGUUUACUUAUGUAUGUAUGUUGUUGUAUGUAUCCUCUGUUCAUUAAAAUUGCAUUUCGUCGUUUGCCAACUGUUAAGAAAAUAAUGUGUCGGAAAUGGUCAGAAUGGUACAUGUGUUUUAUAAUUAUAUAAAAUAUAUAGUAUAUCACUUCAUUGUAAAUAUUAAUAUCAAUCAGAGUAUGUCUACUGUAUGAUUUUUGAAAGAGGAAUAUUCACAACCCCAGGAAUAAUUGUAUUUGUAAAACAACAGACCACCAGUCCCAUUUUUAUACACUGUUCUGUCAUUUGUGAAAUUUGAUCAAAUAGUAUUUGUCUCUGUAAAUAUAUGGCUUUCAAAGAA